AUGAGUUUGUACUGCAACUGCGGCCGGAAAAUUUUAAAAAAAAAAGAAAGAAAAAGAAGAAGAAAAAAAAAAGAAAGAAAAAGGAGGGGAUUGUGUGAUGCAGGCAGUUUAAAAGCAACGGAAGGGACACGGGCGCUUCGGUUGCGAGGUGUAGCGACUCACAUCACAUUAUUCGAACCAAAAAGAAAAAAUAAAAUAAAAGACAAAAUAAAAGAAAAGAAAAGGAAAAAAAAAGUGUAUCGGUUUACAUAUUUCUGUUUUUUUUUCCUUUUCUUUUAUUUUGGUUUGGUCGUGAUUGAUAUGUUUCGUUUCACGUUGUUAUUGUUCCCUCGUACUUCCUUUCUUUUUUGUUUUUUUGUUUUUUUUUUCCACUCCCUUCACUCCCUUCCCUCCCUUCCCUCCUCCUUUGGGUUUAUUUCCGUUUUCGUUUUUUUUUCUCCUUUUCCCACGCACGCAGUUGUUAUUUCCCCUCUUUUUUUUUUUAUUUACUUCAUUUUUUUUUUGUGUAUUUGUGCAACCUCCGCUGUGUUUGUGAGGACGUAUCGCUUUCAGUUGAUUUUUUGUCCCCUUCUUUUCUUCUCUUUUUCUUUUUUUCUUUUUUGUUAUACCGUCGUGUCGUUUUUUUUCCUUUUUUUCGUUUAUUUUGCUGUUCUUUUUUGCGUUUUGUGUUUUGUUUUUUAUAUUUUCAUGUUUUUAUGUUGUGAGGCAUAUGACAGUCGCGGUCGGCCGAACGCUAAAAAAAAGAAAAACUGA